UUUCCUGGACCGCGUGCACGUGGUGCGGCAGCCAGACUACACGCCUACGGAGCAAGAUGUUCUGCGGUGCCGCGUGCUCACGCUUGGCAUCUUCGAGACACGCUUCCAGGUUGACAAAGUCAACUUCCACAUGUUUGACGUGGGAGGCCAGCGAGACGAGCGACGUAAGUGGAUCCAAUGCUUCAAUGACGUGACGGCGAUCAUCUUCGUCACGGCGUGCUCGUCCUACAACAUGGUGCUCAGGGAGGACCCUAGCCAGAACAGGCUCAGGGAAUCCUUGGAUCUCUUUAGGAGCAUAUGGAACAACAGGUGGUUGCGCACCAUCAGUGUCAUCCUGUUCCUAAAUAAGCAAGAUUUGCUGGCUGAGAAAAUUUUGGCGAACAAAAGCAAACUCGACGAUUAUUUCCCCGACUUUUCCCGUUACCAAACGCCUGCUGAAAUUACUUCACUUGCAUCUACUGAUGGUGAAGAAAACCCAGAGGUAGUGCGAGCAAAGUACUUCAUUAGGGACGAAUUUUUGCGCAUCAGCACAGCGACGGGUGACGGGCGGCACUAUUGCUACCCUCACUUCACGUGCGCCGUCGACACCGAGAACAUCCGGCGAGUCUUCAACGACUGUCGGGACAUCAUCCAACGCAUGCACCUGCGCCAGUACGAGCUCUUGUAGGCGUCAUAAUGCCGCAGAGGCUCGUCUCACUACGGUGGUCUUCAGUCAGAGAGAGAGCGUGGAGACUCGUGCCACACAAUUUAACUUCAAUGCAUCAUUCAGAGAUCAACACUAGUCAGGUGGUCUUGCACCACAUUAUACUUCGCUAAAAAAGCUCAGCUGUGCACCAUCUUAAUUCUACACAGCAUCCAGGCUACACUGAACUGCAGAACUCCACAACACGGCGUGUGACAAUUUUUCAUGUACAUGCAAAGUUAUGAUGAGACUCUCCCCAUACUAGAGUUGGACACGGUUCUUCACUGCUUGUUAUUACAGCUUGGAGAACUGGAAGACCGGAGAAAUUAACCGUCGCACAUCUGCAGCCAUCAAAGAUCGAUGCAAGUUUCAAACAUUUCAAUUGCUACUCAUUGCAUCAAGAAAUGGGUGUUUCAUCAAGAAAAACUUAUGAAUGAAGAAUUAUUGUUAGCAUGUCGACAUCAAUGUCAUGCAUCUAGCAGUUGCAGAUGAAACGAAGUAAAAAUAACGUAUUAAUCGCGUGUUACCGCUGUGAGCAUAACAUCAAGCGAUUCAAUUUAUCUUACAACAAAGACACAUUACUUGUGCAACUUCUUGUAGAAGGAAAUCUUUAACGAAGAUCUCUGGGUGCUUGUACCAUUAGCUUCUGGACACGGUGCACUCGUGGCAUGACUCGGUUCGUGAGAGGGGAUGUGUGCUCUGCCCUUCUCUCUCAAUGUUCAACCGGUGUAUAGUGAGGAAAAGGUGACGUGGAAGUGAUAGUCUUGACGAUGAGUGAAGCAAUUGAGAACAUGUGCUGUGCUACUUGCUAUGGCUUCUCCAAUGAACUAGUGUUCACUAAAAUUAUGGUGAAGAGCAAACAGAUCAAGGUGCGCACCAAAUAGCUGUUUGUCGUGUUUGUUAUUUUAGCAUUGUAAUUGGACUUCAGAUGGGAGUCGAUAAAAUAUUCCAUCAACUGUUUUAAUGGUGCUUAGCGUCGUGGCUACUAUUGAUUUCACCUCUUCUAUUUUAUGACGCGUUGCCUGGCUUUAAUUUUUUUCAGCCUUGUGUUUCUAUGCAAGUGGCUUCUUUUAAAGUUGAAUUUUAACAAUUUGAGACCCUGAAAGUCAAAUAUUCCAAGAAUAGCAUCAGCGAUAGGAAAACUUUGUUGGUCAUGAAUAUGCUAUACUGCAAGAACGUUUCAAACGAAUGCGUAUGCACAUGCGCAAAGUGAACUGUCGAGUUAGACCUCAACAUUUGCGAUCCAAUUCAUACUGGAAUGAAACCAACCAUGAUAAUGUUUUGCCUCAUCCUAGCCUAUUGUAGGUUAGGAUGGUGUCUAUGAAUGUCAUGAGUGUUGCAUCUUCUUAUGACCUUCAAAGACUCACUUUAACAUAUGCUUGACUUGAGACCUCUUCGCAUGUGCUGGCUGGAGGGUCUUUUUUUCCUACUAAAGUUCGCAGUGGUACAUGUAGUUUCGAUAGCGUUAGUUUGAACGCAACGUUAGUGUGCCCAGUAGGACUAGCUUUGCUUGCCCGUCAAUAAUUAACGCUAUUUGCUACCACUCGGAACCCGCGACGUUUGUUAUUCCUUAAACGAAAGGCGUUUCUCAGUCGUGAACUGCCAUUAGGUCACUACACAUUCAUAUUGUUGGUACAUUCAUGUUAACUUGGAACUACUUUUUUGAUUGAAACGCAGUUUAGCAAUGGCUUCAACUAAAAUAAACCAUCACUAAUUUGUAAUAAAAAAUUCAAUGUUAUUAACCCAAGAAACAAUUGAUACGGGCCUGACUUAUAUUUACUUGCAAUUUUCUGUGGUUCAAUGGCGCUCACACUGACUGAUGUCCUUACGUUUAUUGAUGUCUUGAGAAGCCUAAUAAUAUAAACAUGACUGAGCGCUACUGAAAACAAAAAAACAUAUAAGCUUUUUGGCAAAUAACUGAGACUUUCAAUAUGAAACUGCGUCCAAUAUCUUCUGCGAAACUUAUUUUUUUAGAUAGGUACUUUUUGGCAAGUAACCGAAAGUUUCAAUUUGUUACUGCGUCCAUCAUCUCAUGCGAAUCUUCUUUCUGGUGAGUAUUUAAACCAACCCCUCGGUUCAAGGACUGGGGAAAAUUUAUAAUUAAAAUUUCACUUGAGUCUCACUUGAACUGAAGUAUACUCUUUGUAAGAAUCGAAGCUAUUCGUUUGGUAUUCUCGUAAGUUCGGUAUUUGACGUGUUUUAGAGUUGCGUAGCCAUUGGACAUUUCCUUAAGUUAAGGUCACCACGGAUGGCGCUGCUGAUUGCUUCACAGCGUCGCCGUCCGUUCUUCGAUCUCCUUAAUCACUUCUUAGCAAAAAUCUCACUUUUCUUUAUAUUUUUUCUACUUUUGGUCGAUUUUCAUUUCGUGGUUUAUUUGUUUCGCCGACGAAUAGAACUAAACUGUACCUUUUUUUCGUCCUGGAUUAUUCGUGCUGUUCACGGCAUGAUACUUCAAAUCUCUUUCACGAGUUGUUACCUGUGACCAAGGCUAGAUAAAUUUGAUGUCACUGAGCCCACAUUAACAGCGUCUGGAGGAGUCGUGCUUUACCACCUGACCUGGAGGUGACUUCAUUGCCAGUGUUUAUCGUACACGAUGAGUAGAGGCGAUGUGAAUUCCUUUACAUUUGUGACGCUUUGACACUUGUGAAUGACAGUAUUGCAUUUGGUCAAGCAACUACUUGUAUUCGAAGUGCAAGUAACGUUUAUGCAGAAUAACCGUAACAGAAUAACGCAAAACUGCUACGCUAACUAGCAUUUCUCAAAGGUACGGUAUACUUAUCUAAUAACACUUCCGCAAAUUUUUUUUCUUCCCCUAUCAUAAUCGCUUGGAAAUAAUGUUGGAAUAAAUUAGAAAAGUGUGUAACUAAGGAGUAAUAACUUGUAUUGAUCGAGUGACGUAACACAUAAACUGUACUUGUGUAUUGUUUUGAGGUGCAACACUUAUGGCGCGGCACCCUGACUGUUUGCUCAUGACCAGCCUGUGCUGCCGUCGCCACGGCGCCCGCCGAUGGCUUUAGGUGUAAUCAUGUAUGGUGGGGCUGAGUGUAUCUUUAAGAGGAUCAUCGUAUAUGACUCUGCCGUGUGUAGAUCUGUCCCAUUAUCCUUUUCGUGUGUUACCCUUAGAUUGUCCGCUCUUCUGUGUUAUUAUUUGUUCGUUGUUCGUACCUUACUUUCCCUAUCACGCACAAUUGUUCGGUUUAUGUGUCAUAACGGCGAACAUCUCUGGGUCCAUAGAGAUUGAAAUUAGUUUUCACUUGUACACAAUUGGAACGUCGCACAAAUCACAACAAUUCUCCGUUGAACAAUUCAUUGACGGAGUGCGUAAUAAUUUUGAUGAAAUUUCGUGUAACAAACAACCACACGCACAAACCUCGACGAUCGUAUAGGGAACUGCUGCUCGCACUGUAACUCCUCACAAAACUAGGCAACCAGCACAAGGUCGUGAUUGUAUUUCCUGCUAACCACCUUGGCUGAGAUAUAUAUACAUUUUAGUUGAUCGUACUCCUGAUUCAGUGUUCCCAGCUUGUUAAUGAAUUGUGUCGGUAAAACUUACUUCACUGAGUAUUCGUCAUUUGCACUAAUGUGUUUUUAUUAGGGGAUGUGCAAUUCUCUAGAAUAUCCCAUGUUGCAAUUUAUGUCAUAGAAAAAUGUUGCCAUUGAUUCUUUAGACAUGAAUUUUAUUUCGAUAAUAUGUACAUUUUCAGGGUCUCUUAUUUUUAUGUUGAAAGUUGUAAAGUUUAGCAAUCUGCGUGUGAAAUUGUAACGCGAGUUUGUCUGAAAAUUCAUUUUGAACAUGCACUUCUGACUGCUGCGUGCUCUGACUUCAUCACGCCAUGUUUCUAACAUUUCCUCAGAGAAAAAAUCAAAGUGCCAUCGUUGUUUGCCAUUCUUAUGCAUGUUUGCACACUCAGCAGUUGACUUGAAUGAGUAGGACACAUUGGACAUAGCAGUCGCUCAGAGAUGAAUUGCGUUCUUAAACCUUCCCGCCCUCGAUGUCAUUACGUUACCCAUAUUUCUCUUUAGGUCCUCCUUAAAUAUAGCUUAUUAAGGAGAAGCGUGGCUGUAUGUUAACUCAAUGGAAGAUUAGUUAAAUGGUAACCGCUACUAUUACUAUCAUUACUCUAUUACUAUUGCUGCUGCUGCUACUAUAACUACUACCACUUACUAUUAACGUUACUGUUGCGGGGUGUGGCUGCUGCUGCAUGAUUUAUAUCAUACCAAUGAUGACCGACCCUUUGAGUUGUAGUGACAACGGUGUAUCUCUCCUCGAAAAAUUUAAUUAUUUAAUGCAUAGAUGAAGUUCGCCGUUGCAUUAGCAUUGUAUGUAUUUUGAAGCUAUUGUAUGUAUCUGUUAUAUGUCCGCUGGUCUUUGUGUUUGCUUGAGUAUGUACGUGUGUGUGACUCUUUACCUACCAGCGAUUUUGUUUAAAGCAAAGCUCACUAAACGCUCCAGGGUCCCUAGACUGUCUCACGGAAUAGUCGUGAGACAGUGAAGAUAUUUAGUUAUAGAAUUAGCACAAGGCGUUGUUUGGACCCCUUGCGUCGAUACGUCAGCUCAGUACUGAGGAGCCGCAGGGUACCGCUCUAUGGGCGAGUACCAUUACACGUACCAAUGUUCUAUAGGCAAGUACCAUUACACGUACCAAUGCUCUAUAGGCGCGCACCAUUACACGCACCAAUAGCACUGCGAUGUAAGUGCGAUCAGAUAUCAACGGGGCCAGGCGGAGAGCUUUGGCGUAUCACGCGAUGCUGCAUGUCGGUUCGACUCAGAAGAAUCUCUCGUCCUGCUCAAAAUUUCCAGAAUUGUUUACCGCUCGACUAUCGUAUUUGCGUUUAAAUUAACGUAAAUUUUACGGAGAAAUAAGCUUCACUGACGCUUCCAUUGCAAGCAAAUCGACUCGCCUGCUAGCUCUUCGAUUCCUCCCAAGUCAAAAUGGUGCUUUCUCGGUUUCUCUCGGCUUGAUUUCGCGCAAUUUGUUUGGCCGUGCUGCUGUGAGGCAGUAUUUUAUAAAUAAAUAUUUUAUUUAGGUUUAAAUGCUUGUUUCUUACACAUUAGUCCGUCUCGUCUUCACGUUACCAAGUCGCUGCAAGCCUGUGGUCUCGUUGCCUUGCUGUGGCCACGUUCUUUAGUCUCCUCUUAAGUUCUGUCUCACGGCUGUAAUUUUACUGCUGUUGAGCCACACAGUUGUUUGAUUGUUAAUAAUAAUCUUAUUAUUUUAUAAGAGUAUUACCAUUGACUAUUAAUAAGUGCAAUCAUUUUCUUUUUACAAAAUUUAUUGGUUAUCGCUUUUAAUUGCAAUUCUAUUGCUUUUGUUUCCUCGUAAAAGUUGAUGCGAUCAAGUCUUCGUUAUUUGAUGCUAAUGAAUAAUGUAAUAACUUUAUAACUGCUAUUCGUAUCUCCCAGAAAUGUUUUAUCGUCCUUUGUGUUGAUAUUAACUAGCUAGGCGUACUAUGAUUUUACAUAUUUCAUUUGCGAUAUAUUUUUCUUGUGGGCAGACGUCUUUCUGAUGUUGAACAGGAUCUCUCUCCACGAAUUUCAUAAUCAAUUUAGUCGCAGUUCGUAGCUGGCUAUUUUGAUAAGUUCAUGUUCGAUCGUGUUUGUUUUCUGUUCUAUGGUGAGUGCAUUGUAAAUCAUGCUGCCGCUGCCCUAACUUCUCAGCUUAUUUUCUAUUCUCUUGCAUUGCUGAAGAAUUCUCCUCUUGGUUCGUCCCCGAUGCCCUCACAUCGCCUACGAUGUGGGCGCUGAGUUGCUUGUGCCAGAUAAACUGUGUUGGCUAUUGAGUUGCGAUCAAGACGCUUAACGUCGUGUCUUUGCUUUACGUUCAGCCAUUAUUUUUAUUUAGAUUAAAUCAGUGAUAAAUGCCACUUCAGUUUUGUAAUUCUGACUUCUCUCCCUGAUCACUUACAAAACUUUUUAUCCCUAGUAACCAGUUCCUCCUAUUACUCCUACCAUUAAAGAUUUUUUCGUUCUUACUGUGGCACAAUUUUGAAGUCGAUGCUCCCGGAGAUGCAGGGCUGCGGGCCGCCCGUGAGCAGCCAAUCAUCUACCGUCUCCCGUCGUUGGCUCCUCACCUCACCCCCGGCCUCCUGCACCCCUCAUCCCUGGCGGGUCACUACAUAGCGCUCCUCGUUCUAGUUUGGCAACAAUAUGGCCAGGCUAUGAGCCGACCAUUCCUUACUUUCUCCACAUGAACUUUUGUUUUGCUGAACAUUUCCACUCUUCCUUCAUGUUUUGCAUGAGAUCUCGACAUUUUAUUUAUCAUCUAAAAGUGGUGGAACGUUGCUAUGAUUCAUCUGGGGGCAGUGGCGCAGUCGGAAUACUGAUCUUGCGUUGGCGUAGCAAAUAUUGAAGCGUCAGUCGAAGUUUCUUUCUAGCUCUUCCUUGCGAGUUUGAGCUAUUGCAUCGGUUAUGUCUCAGCUGCAAUUCUAGCAUUUCUCACUACCGUAAUCUGAUAAUCUUAAUUGUUCAGCUUUGAGGCUUCGGUGUAUAAUAACUUGUUCAUUCAUUUUAGCCGUGAUCAUUUGCAGCAUCACCAGCCAUUAGUAAGACCAGGUCUUCUCGCCGGACCGACCUGCCAGUGCAUGGGUCGUUGUUGUGCAGCUUUGCCGCAUGUCCGUAGCCUCGUACAUCGACGAUACGCACGCAGGGCUCGACCGUGCGUGCGUAAAUGAUCGCACGUACGCUAGUCUUUUCUCCGUGCGUGAAAGCGACGUUGGUUAGUCAAGCGUACGCAAUUGUUACGUUCGUUUAGUCGGCAAUGUCAGUACUAUCCUAACUCUUAGUUCAGUAGAGAGCUAAGCACGCGUAGGACGAAGCGUUUCUCAAAUGAGAAAGUAUAUUUCAGAGAAUCUAUUCAAAAUGCUGCGUAAUGGUCACUGUAAAUUGUGUACUUGUGAAUAAAUUUACAAUGUCUCAUUUACAAGAAGAA